GUGCCGACUGUUUACCCCUGUCACUCAAUAACCGAGUAAAAAAUGAUGAGCGUGAUGUGAAGAAAUCGGGAUUUAUAGGUGAAGGCAGGCAAAAGAUGGAGCAGAGCAGAGCAACAAUGGCGAGUGGAAGCGCACAUGUUGUUGUGCUGGCGUUUCCCCAAGCAGGACACACAAAUCCCAUGCUGCAAUUCUCAAAAGAUUUGGCCUCCCAAGGCGUGAUCAUCACUUUAGUUAGUUUCGCCUUUGACCACCACAGAAUGUUAAAGGCGGAUAAAACGCUCCAACGCCUGGGUAUACGUAUUCGGUUCGAGUCCAUUCCGGACCGACUUCCGCCUGGAAUUGACAUCGUUUCAGACGUUCUUUACGUUUUCAGGCACUUACAGCACAUAGAUGGAUCCGACCUGGAAGAGCUCAUUCAUCGCAUCAACGUAACGGGACCUCCUGUCACUUGUAUUGUUUACGAUGCGUUUAUGCCCUGGGUUGCCCAAGUUUCAACCAAAUUAAAGAUCCCCCGAGCUGUUUUCUACACGCAGUCUGCAACUGUUGCUGCAAUCUAUCAUCAUUUUAAAUACGUCGAGAAGUGGAAUAACUGCGAGCAGGAUUCGAAUGACGUUGUUGUCAUUCCGGCAAUCGGCGAGAUGAGAAUGGCCGAUUUGCCGUCGGCGUUUUUUCCUCCACUUCUCGUUACUGGUAAUCUGGACGACAAUCUAAGUUUCGUCGAGGGUUUUAACGGCGCGUCGUGGGUGAUUUUGAACACGUUUGAUGAGCUCGAAGAUAAAGCGAUGAAUUACCUAAGGGAAGCAAAUGUUCCAGUCUGUACAGUGGGUCCUGCCAUACCCUCCGCCUUUCUGGACGGAAGAAAUAGCGAGGACACACAGUUCGGCGGCAGCCCGUGGGAAGAAGAGACGGAGGAGUGUAUGGAAUGGCUCCAGUCAAAGCCUCCUCACUCUGUUGUCUACGUUUCCUUCGGCAGCGUAGCCACCAUUAGUGCACAACAAAUCCGGGAAAUAGGUCGUGGGUUGCAGAGAAGUGGCCAGAAUUUUUUGUGGGCGAUCCGUCCCUCUGCAGGGCAGACAACGGUAUGGGAAAACUUUUGGGAGGGGUUUGCGGAGGAGAUUGGAGAUCGGGGUUUGAUUGUGAAGUGGAGUCCUCAGCUCAAAGUGUUGAAUCACCCGUCGGUGGGGGCGUUUAUGUCUCACUGUGGGUGGAAUUCGACGUUGGAAGCACUGAGUUCUGGUGUUCCGUUGCUCGCCUGCGACCUGCGCUUCGAUCAGCCCACCAAUUGCAAAUUUAUGGUGGAGGUGUGGAAGAUGGGUGUGAAAUUGAGGCGGACGCAGCAUGUGGAUGGUAAUGCGACGUUUGAGUGGGAUGAGAUUGAGAGAUGUGUUCGAAGGGUGAUUUGUAGCGAGGAGGGUGCAGAGCUCCGAAAGAAUGCAGUCCAUUGGAAAGAGUCGGCGAAAAAAGCGAAGAUGGAAGGCGGCUCUUCUCACUCCAACGUCGACAGAUUUGUUAAAGAGGUGACAAAGUGAUGAGAAUUGUAAACAACUUUUGAUUUCAUGGUAUGUGAGCUUCUAGAUUUGAACUGUGUGUGUUUUUUUUUUGAGCUUUUGAUUAACGUUCAACUCUUUCAAUAUAAAAAAUCUUUUGCUUC